AUGGAUGAAGUGGAGAACGAAAGAAUCGGGAGCCGGAGAAGUGAUCGGAGCAUCGAGUUUGUGUUUUCCGGCGGUAGAAGUUCGAGAAGACUAAGCCAUUCCGAGGAGGACGAAGAAGCCCUGCGGUGGGCGGUCAUAGAGAAACUUCCGACCUACGACCGUCUCCGAACCAGCAUCUUCAAAUCUUUCACCGGAAACGAUGAAAUCGGACAAACGCACAAACAGAUCGACGUCCGGAGGCUGGACAUGGACGAUCGCCGGCAGUUCAUCGACACGGUUUUCAAGGUCGCGGAGGAAGACAACGAGAAGUUCUUGAGGAAACUCAGAGAUAGAAUCGAUAGGGUUGGAAUUAAGCUGGCGAGUGUUGAAGUGAGAUUCGAAGAGUUAUCGGUGGAAGCAGAAUGCCAUAUCGGAAACAGAGCUCUUCCGAGUCUUCCGAAUGUGGCUCGGAAUGUAGCAGAAUCCAUUCUGAAUUUGGAUGACUUUACUGCUGGGUCCCCCAUCAUCAGGCAAAACGACCUUACUUUUGGCGCUGGCUGGAAGAUUGGACCCAAACUUGAAG